AAAAAUCUUAAAAAGAGGAAAAAACAAAAACAAACUCUUCUCAGUUCAGUUCUCUUCGGCUACUGACUUCUUCUGGAACUCAAAAAAAAAAAAAAAAAAGCUUCGAUCUUUCCUCCAAUGGCGCCCGUUGACCCACACUCAUUCACCGACUCAACUCACCCCUUCGCCACCCACAUUUCCCUCUCUCUCUACCUCGACUUCCCCUCCUCCACCAUCCACGGCUCGGCUCUCCUCUCCUUCCCCAACCCCCACUCCGGCCCUCUCUCCCUCGACGCUCGCUCCCUCACCGUCCACUCCGUCGUCGACCCCAAAUCCAGCGCUCGGCUCUCUUUCUCCCUCUCCGCACCCGAUCCAAUCAGAGGCUGCCACCUCACCGUCUCCCUCGAGAACCACGACUCCGUCCUCGUCGUCUUCUCCACCUCCCCUUCCUCCUCCGCUCUCCAAUGGCUCUCUCCGCCGCAGACCUUCAACAAGACCUACCCGCUCGUCUACACUCAGUGCCAGGCCAUCCACGCACGCUCCGUCUUCCCCUGCCAGGACACUCCCGCGGCGCGCGUGCGUUACAGUGCCCUCUUGAACGUCCCGCGCCAGCUGUCCGCGGUGAUGGCGGCGCGUCACGUCGAGAAGCGCUCCCCCGUCGCCGGCGAGGGCUCGCUGCUGAGCUGCGGCGAUCAGAUGUGGUGCGCCGAGGGAAGGGCGGUGGAGGAGUUCGUGAUGGAGCAGCCGGUUCCGCCGUACCUCUUCGCCUUCGCGGUUGGCGAGCUUGGGUUCAGGGAGGUGGGGCCGAGGACGAGGGUUUAUGCUGAGGCGGCGCCGGCCGUGUUGGACGCGGCGGCGAGCGAGUUCGCCGGAACUGAGGACAUGAUCAGGCAAGGGGAGAGGCUGUUUGGGCCGUACGAGUGGGAGCGGUUUGAUUUGCUGGUUUUGCCGCCGAGCUUUCCGUACGGUGGAAUGGAGAAUCCGAGAAUGGUGUUCUUGACCCCAACUGUGAUCAAGGGCGAUUCUAGUGGAGCCCAGGUGGUGGCUCAUGAGCUUGCUCAUAGCUGGACUGGGAAUUUGAUCACUAACAAGACCAAUGAACACUUCUGGUUGAAUGAGGGUUUUACAACUUAUGCUGAGAGGAGAAUUGUUGAGGUGGUUCAAGGGGAAGAGAAAGCUGUUCUGAAUAUCGGAAUUGGCUGGAGGGGUUUGAAUGAGGAAAUGGAGAGAUUCAAGGACAACAUGGAGUUUACAAAGCUCAAAAUGAAUCAGGAAGGAGUUGAUCCUGAUGAUGUGUAUUCUCAGGUUCCAUACGAGAAAGGUUUUCAGUUCCUAUGGCGGAUCGAACGCCAGGUUGGAAGGCCUGCAUUCGACGAGUUUCUCAAGAAAUAUAUCGCGACAUUCAAGUUCAGCUCGAUUGAUACAGAUACCUUUCUUGGCUUUCUGAAAGCUAACAUUCCUGGCAUUGAGAAUGAAGUUGACUUGGUUUUGUGGACUGAGGGAACCGGUAUCCCCUCGGAUGCUUAUGAACCGGUAUCGAGUUUAUACACACAGAUUGUCACCCUUGCAAAUGAGUUUAACCUUGGUAGGAUGCCGAGGGAGGAUGAAGUUGCCGAUUGGCGAGGACAGGAGUGGGAGCUGUACUUGGAAAACUUGCCCAAAUCUGUUGAAGCCUCACAGAUCUUAGCUUUGGACGAGCGGUACAGGCUAUCAGAAUCGAAAGAUUACGAGGUGAAGGUGGGGUUUCUGCAGCUAGCCAUUACCGCCAAGUGCAGAGACUACUACAGCGAGGUGGAGAAAACUCUCAAGGAAGUGGGGAGAAUGAAAUACCUUCGUCCUCUCUACACCGCGCUCGUCCAAGGGAACGGGAAAGAAGAAGAGAAGAUUUUCGCCAAAAGGGUGUUUGCAGAGGCUCGCGAUUGUUACCAUCCCAUCGCACAAGGCGUGGUCGAAAACAUCCUCACCAAGCACAUGUAGAACAGUGUAUGUAUGAUGAUACUGUAAAUAAAUUAUGAACCGAAAUAUCCGAAGCUAACAGUUGUGUUUUGCUUCUGUGGUAGUGUUCAUCUCCAUAGUUGUGGGGUUUUUCGUUUAGAGUGUGCCGUUUGGUGAUAUGAUAGACUUGUUUUUCUCACACUAAUUAAGCAAAAUGGGACUUAAUUACCAAUUAGAAUAAUUUUCAUUCUAAUUGCAAGUCAAUGUAACUUCAAAACAGCACAAGAUAAUAGUUCGUCCAUUAACUAAACGAUGCCACAAUUUUAUUGA